AUGGCGGGAGCACGGUCAACAGUUCCACCUUUUCACCUAGUGCUUCAUAAUUCGUUCGACAUUCCUGCUGAAUACCACGAGAGGCUCCAAGAUAACAGGCUCAAAGAGGUGACCCUAAAGGGCGACGUUCACCCGAACGAGCACUAUCUCAGUCUGCUCAAUCUUUCAUCUGGGAUGACAGUUUCUAUCCCACGGCUCUCACAAUCAAUCUUCAAGUUGAACCUCGGUUACUUUACCUGGGGGUUCCCGAUAGGCUUCCUAUCGACGCUGGGUGAACGCCUGCCAGAUCUCAAGUGCCUCAGACUCUACCGGCAGAAUGUAACUGGCCCCAACGCGGAAACCAGACGUGACGCCCAGCAGUUUCUGUAUCUGAUCCCUGAUCUGGUCGAUCUAUACCUGUCUGACGUACACGGGGACCCAGACUUCUUUGUCGGCCUGGGUAAAGCUUUCAGGCGUCCUGGACAACGAGGGUUAGUCAUCCUGCAUGUUGAGUACACCUUUGAAGUCGAUAUCCAUGAUUUUAUCCUUAAAUUGCCAAUACCUGAGCUCCGAGAGCUCAUCCAUCCGGCCAUCGUGGACCUGAACUUCAAUAUGAACCCUAAAGCUUCAAAACCGAGGGGGAUUGUGCCCUGGCCUCCGAGUGGAACACCAGUUAACAUUGGAGCAGCUGAGAAUGGUGCUAAUGACCCACAGGGAGCUAUUCUUACUCCGAGUGGCGAUCAGAAUGGAACGCCCAGAUUCUCAUCUGGCUACCCUCUUGGAUAUCUUAACUCUUUGCCCGAUGUUACAGUCGGUGAAGAUUGUGGUAAUACCGUCAACGCUGGAUGA